AAAAGUUCCUCCUACAGGCAAACUACCCGCGACGGUUCAAAACCAGACUCCGAGCGAAUCCCCAAUCCGUUCGGCGGCGAGCCGACCGGCGAUGCGUCCGCCGGCGCCGAAGGUCCCAUCCGCCGCUUCCUCGUCCUCCCACAGCCAGCGCGAGCCCCGCCCGGAGAACCCUCUCCUCCUCCUCCCCUCCUCUCGCUUCACCAAGCUCUCACUCGGCUGUCCCCUCCUCGACCGCCUCCUCUGCGGCGGCCUCCCCGCCGCCUCCGUUACCGAGAUAGCCGGCGAGUCUGCCUCUGGAAAGACUCAGCUCUGUCUUCAGCUCGCCCUCCUGGCGCCCCUGUCCCCGCUCUCCGCCUCCUCCCUCUUCCUCCACUCCGACCUCCCAUUCCCCCUUCACCGCCUCCGCCGCCUAGCCCCCAAAUCCCGCCCCGAUAUCCUCGACCACGUCCUCGUCGCCGCCGCGCACUCCCCCACCGACCUUCUGUCCCUCCUCGCCCGCGCCCAGCGACUGCUCGCCAACCCCGGCCGCUCCCCGCACCGCCUCCCCAUCCGCCUCAUCCUCCUCGACUCCAUCGCUUCCCUCUUUCGUGGCGACUUCGACGCCUCCCCCGCUGACCUCAGGCGCCGGUCCGCGCUCUUCUUCCAGAUAUCGGCGAAGCUCAAGGAGCUCGCUUACAGGCACCAGUGUGUGGUGGUGGUGACCAACCAGGUGGUGGACGUGGUGGAGGGGGACGCCGGGAACACCGUGGCGUGGUCGUCGGGGCGCCGUCUGAGCCCGGCGCUCGGGAUCGCCUGGGCCAACUGCGUCAACACGCGCCUGUUCCUGACGCGGGAGGUGGAAGGGAAUGGCACCAGCGGGAGCGCAAGGAGGUGGAUGAAAGUGGCGUUUGCGCCGCACCUGCCAGAGCAAUCGUGCGAGUUUGUGAUACGGAGGGACGGCGUCUUUGGCGUCGAGCCGGAGAGGUAGGCGCUCCUCUUGGUCUUUUGUCAGGACUUUACAGAGGAAGUGUGUGACCAUAACCUGUUUGAUGAAAUGUCCCCGUUGGUAGUUAGAUUUCACACACCCUGUAAAAGAUUCAAAAUAUUUUACUAUUUUACUUCAAUUGUUAAGAAUGGAUGUGAAGCCAUGCAUGUAAAUUAGACGUGUCACAACACAACGGACAAGUGAUUGAACCUUUCUGGGGAAAGAGUUAUUGUAGAAAUCAUCAUGGCUAGUUUUGAAGUCUGAAAUCAGAACCUAAGUUCUGUCUUCUUCGUUGCUUCUGUGAAAUAACGCCAUGUGUGUUUUAAACUGGUGUUUUAUUAGAAAAGCGAAUGUGCAAUAAUAUUCCAGCCUUUGUAUUGAUCGAUA